AUGAUCCAAUGGGUAUCACUAGGGGCACAUGCGUUUGGUGUUGCCCGAAGACGAGUUGCGGUGGCUCCUGCGUCUAACUUCCAAACGAUGACAACUAGGUUUGGUUGUUGUCGAUUGUAUCUCUCAUCAACUUCAGCGCCACCACAAUGCGAGAUAAAAAAUAUCCGGUGGGUUCAAGAUUCUGUCCUUGAAGUAAUUUCUGAAGUUUUUGAUCCAGCGGAGGUUGCACGGGGUGUAGCACUCGCAAAACUGAACCGAAAAAAGAAAGGCAAGAAAAAGAAAAAGGAAGGAGCUCAGGUUGAAGAAGACGUUUUGAGUGAAGAUGAAAAAAUGGAGAUUGUCGAGCGCGCUGUCGCUAAUGCUAAGCCAUUUGAUAUCGCCGAUACGAUGGUGACUCUCGCAACUAGACCAGAGUUUGGGGACUAUCAGAUCAAUGCUGCCUUGGGAUUGUCACGAGCUCUCAAAAUGAGUCCCCAUGAAUGCGCUGGAUUAAUCGUAGAAAAGUUGUUGCCUGUGAUUUAUGAAUACAUGGAGGAACCCGAAAUUGCAGGUCCAGGAUUCAUCAAUCUGCGCUUCAAGAAUGACUAUUUGGCUGCCGCAACAUCUCAAAUGGCUGCCGACGCUACUGGUCGGCUUUCGUUGCCAGAAACCAAGAAAAAGGAAAAGAUCAUAGUCGACUUUUCAUCCCCAAACAUUGCAAAAGAAAUGCACGUUGGUCAUUUGAGGUCAACGAUUAUUGGUGAUACUCUGUGCAACCUAUUGGAAUUUGUCGGUCACGAUGUUAUCAGACUAAACCAUGUAGGCGAUUGGGGGACACAAUUUGGAAUGCUUGUUGAGCACUUGCGAGAUGAGUAUCCAGCUGCAUUAAGCGCAGAAUCUUCAGCGAAUGUGGAUCUUGGAGACCUCGUGGAACUUUACAAAGCCGCGAAGAAGCGUUUUGAUGCAGACCCUGAUUUCAAAAUCAAGGCACGUGAAUGUGUUGUACAACUCCAAGCUGGUAAUGAUGAUGAAGUCGCUGCGUGGAAAGCACUUUGUGCUGCUUCGAGAGUCGAGUAUCAAAAGAUUUAUGAUAUGUUGAACAUUCGCGGACUCGUUGAACGUGGUGAAUCGUUUUACAAUCCAUACUUGAAUGACGUUGUUUCGGCACUUGAGAGCCAAAGAUUUGCUGUCGAAAGCGAGGGUACACUCGCAGUUUUCUUGGAUGGUUACAAGAAUAGGGAUGGGACCCCCCUUCCAAUGAUCGUUCGCAAGUCUGACGGUGGCUUCAACUACGCGACUACAGAUCUAGCAGCUAUCCGCCACAGGGUGGAGUUUGAAGUCGAAGGCGGCGGAGAAAAGGCAGACCGUGUACUGUACGUAACUGAUGCAGGUCAGUCACAACACUUUAAUAUGGUCUUUGAAGCUGCAAAACAGGCAGGGUUCGUCCCUGAGAAUUCUUCCCUGGAACACGUUUCUUUUGGUUUGGUGCAGGGUGCCGAUGGGAAGAAGUUUGCAACACGUUCUGGCGAUACGGUGAAAUUGAAGGAUUUGCUGAAUGAAGCCGUACGAAUAGCUUCUGAAGAUAUAUGUCAGAGGUCAGAGAACGAUUGUGUUUCAAAAGAGAUUCUGGGUCGAGUUGCGAAAACAGUUGGUAUUGGUGCAGUGAAGUAUGCUGAUCUUUCUAUGAACCGCGAAUCCAAUUAUAGAUUCAGCUAUGAGAGAAUGCUUAGUUUGAACGGUAACACAGCGCCGUACAUGCUGUACGCAUAUGCAAGAAUAUGUGGAAUUAUUCGAAAGUCUACUGGUCAAAAAGAUGAAAAACCUAUUAAAUGGCCAGAAGCAUCAGAGAUUAUUAUCACGGAAGAGGCGGAAGUGGAGCUGAUGCGAAACCUUGCUCACCUUCCCGAUAUUCUACUUGAGGUUGAGCGCGAUUUGUACCCAAACAAAAUCUGUGACUAUCUUUUUGAGACUAGUCAAAAGUUCAACAAGGUAAGUUUUUCUUCCAGCUGCGAUACGCGAAAAUCCGAGGUUGAUAUGCGGUAG